AUGGGUCCGAGAACGUACCUCACCACUGGCCUGAGACAUCUACCCAAGCCCCGCGUGCUGGAGCCUGGCGAAGCCCUUAUUGUUCGGUACAAGAAUUCCCUACGGCAGUACAAAUCCGACGUGUGGAUUGGCGUCGUUCUUCCGGACAAAUUCGGCCCAAGCCGACACAUCAAUCGCCGCCCUGUUGGUGCACAGCCAACCGAGGGUCCUUGGGUGACGCACCUGAAAGACCGCAUCUAUUCCAUGUAUCUUCCGGGCCGAAAUAUGUACAAAUGGGUCGGACUCCAGGAUCUCUUUGUUCUGAACGAAAAGACCAUCAAUGUUCUCCGGCGUGCCCAGAGAGAGCCAGAUGCCAAGAUCUGGGAUGAUAUUCUGGAAAUCGUUCGAAGUGAGCCUGGGCUGGAGUUCUGGAAGAACAUGUCUCUUCAGGAGCUCGGUACCAAGGGCAAACGGGGGAAGGCACUCCGUCUCGUUCUGCCAAGUGGUCAUGAGGGCCUUGUCUCCUGUGGAGAAAGCCAUGCUGACUCCGAGUCAGAGGAAGAGGAUGAUGAUGAUGAUGAUGAACAUAACAGCCCAUCAGAUCACGUGGAGCCUGCUACUGCUGCUGCUGCUGCACCUGGCUCAUCUAAUGGGCAAGCAAAUAUCAGAUCAUUUUCUGACUCUCGUGCUGCACAAAGCGUUCAGCCCAGGCAGCCAAUGGUGUUCCCAGAUGUCAAGCCAGCUGGACCUGCAUCUGAACUGCUUCCUUUCGCAGACAGAGAGAGCUCUAGCCUAAACGCAACCCAGAAAUUUCAGCCACGUCCUCCUCUGAUGCCUCCCAACUCUUCUCUCCCAAACUCAUCGGCAGUCGUUACACCACCAACCACAGUCACGCAAAAUAUGGUACCCAAGGUCGAGAAUGAGACUAAUGCCAACCUUGCAGCUGUGACAUCACAGCCACCUGUUUCAGAGUUCUCAAUUUUUGACCUCACCCUCACCCAGGCUCUAAAGCACGUCUUCCUGAACCAGCGUGAAGCCACCCAAAUCAAAGAUGUGUUUCUAGGCACCGUGGCUCUCGAGAGACAGCCCGAAUAUCUGCCGAUUCGCGAAUACUUGGCCGAUGGCGAAUUCCACCCUCGCCUGAUAACCCUCAAGAACUCCGGAUUCUCUCAUCCCACUCCAUUCCCAGCCCUGGAUCCCAACGGCACGACUACUUUCCGCCUAGUUGGUGACCAGAUGGGGAUUGGUCAGAACUUCAAACUGAACGGUGUGGGCAACAGCCUAGAUUUGGAAAAUGUCAUUCUUGGCCUCGGAAGAGUCUACCUCCAAGCCCGCCGUUUUGGCUUGAUGGAUCUGGUUUAUCGAAUUACAUUCAAACUUCAAGUCGCCUGGAACUGCUACCCGGAAUUAUACCAAACCAAACCCCUCCUCGAGGUUGCUUCUCUUGCUUUCGCUGGCCGCAUCGGGUUUGAUGAGGCUGACUGCGACUAUCUCCAGUCAUGGCUUAUUCAUUUCAUUUCCGAGGCCUCAGAUUUACUCACAUACAACGCUAGCGAACAGUUCUGGUCGUUGUUACGAAAUCACCCAAAACUUCAAGAAAAGGUUCUCAAUCUUCGCACACUGGCCCACGUCCAUAACCCAGAGCUGUAUGGGAAUACCCGCGCGCUCCUCGAGAGCCGCGGUCUUGGAACCCUAUGA